CUAUUACCUUCACACUGUCGAGCGUUCCUGUCUCUCUAUUCUCUACUCAAGCUCUUCCCAUCGUUCUCUGCCCUCAACCCGCCGCAAGAUCCAGGCUGCCUUCCGUCGUCACAGCUUGAUCUGGCAAAUUCACCUGCAUGCGUCUCCUGCACAGCGGAGCAACAUCGGGUUCCGCAUACAUCUCUGCCCUCAUACGUAACAUCUUCUGCGCCAAUGCCGCCCAAAGCACAGCCUGUGCCUAGAUCAAUUGCGCCAUCGAGCGCGCAUGUUGCACUCGCGAUUGCUCUCAUCAGGACCAAGCCAUCUAACACUUCAGCGCGAGAUUACAUUGUGCAGCUACGAGAUCAGAUACGGCCCGGUUCAUCGCCGUCCGAACACCACGAGCAUGGCGGUUAUCUUGACCUCGUUGCGUACUGGAAGGAGCAGUGCCGAAAACUGCAGGACGAGUGCGAUCACCUGCGGCACGAGAACAGCAGACUUGAACGCUCAAAUCACUCCCUCACGCAUCGCUCGAGCUGCACAUCUGACGCGGCUCCCGUCAACGCUAUGAAUACCUCGAAGCGAAAGGCGCGAACGUCCUCUCCGACAAGGAACGUGAAGCGACAGAAAGAGAGCCAACCAGUCCAGCGAUCAGUGACCGAGACCCAGGAGGACAUCGACGACAACAUGGAUUUCCUGGAUGGACUCGGGCAGGAAGGAAUGAACCUCACCGAGGCGUUGUUCACGACUCACAAGCUUUGCCGAAGUACUGAUCCCAGCGUCGACACGCUGUGCUUCACAUUGGUCCGAACAUCCAAUACACUGGGUAAGACUAUCCACAUGGUUGCUCAUAAGCACGAGCAGUUGUCCCGACAGGGUCAGAAGACCUCCGAGUCAGCUUCAUUGGAUCGAGACAGAUCCAACUUCGCUCACGCAAUGACAAUUUGCGCUCGUGGCUUCAUGUCGGUACUCGUCGGCCUUACACGACUGACUGAAUCCACUGAUGAUCCUCGACCUUCAAGCCUUGUGGUGUGUGAGCUGGCUGAGAUGUUCAAGACUGUCCUUGUUGCGAUCGAGUCUGUUGCCCGGCGAACGGCUCAGUUAAGCUCGGCAGAGGCAAUCGAGCCAAAGAAAUCCAAAGAAGCAACGCCCGUCAAAACUGUCAAGGAAUCUGUGCCCGCUCGCGCUCUGGCCCACUUGCUUAUCGGCCUUCUCGGCUUUCUUGAGAAGGCCAAUCCAGUACAUCAGCAGAUUUUUGACGGGUUUGUGUACCUGUUGCUCGAGCGCGUAGGGCGGCAGCUAUUCUACUGUACAUUCGGCAGACAUCGCAGUAUUACAGUGGAGGGUGAUAUUGAGCCAUCCUCCAAAACUUUGUCCCCGGAAGAAACCCAGAAGAGUGAGGUGGAAGCGCUGGGAACCCACCUCGAAGUCAAGGCUCUCGUUUUAGUGCUGGAGCGCGCUAUGGGUCUUGCACCAAAUCACAUGAAUUCUCAAUCCUCGAACGCCGGUCGGAAUCAGAAAAGACCAGGCCGCACUCUAAGUCUCAAAACCCUACCAGCCGCGUCGAAAGCUCGUCUGAGUCCGAUCGCCAAGGAACGCCUUCAGCAGACUCUCAUUACUUGCAUGUAUGGCGACAAAGUCGAUGACGAGUUUCUUGAUGUACUGACUAAACCCAUGCCAUCCAUGAGAUUGGGGUCGUUACAGAACGUUGCCAGGGUUGACGACAAGGACGUGAAAGACUGGUAUAAGAAGGAGGUGUGGCGGCUUGUGGGCUGGGAUGUACUCGCCAAGGACAGCGGGUGGUCACGAGAAUGACAACAAACAUGCAAUGAUCAUAUUGUGGGUUCGAUUUUGAAGGAUACUUGUUUUCGAUGGGUUCUAAUGUUCGAGACUGGUCAGUUGUUCGUUGCAUCUAGAGCAUGGAAGAGUUUCCCGAUGUGAAUUGGGAGAUCAGAGCCGACUGGGUGCAUUUGCUGCCCAACUCUCGCGACACGUGCAACGUUAUGUCAAAAUGAAAGUCAC